UCUGCCGGAUCGAAGGGACCGGCGGGUGAAUAUUAUGACAAGUUCGCCAUCUGGAAUUGCCUGCAGCGAACGAAUUGUAUCCGUUCGAAAUACGUCGUACUUGAGUGGUCCAGUUGAAAAUUGAGAGUGUUAUCUGGAUUUAUCGACGAACUUGAUAGAUGUGAACAUCCAUUAACAUAAUAAACUUUACUAGAUAGAGGGACGCUACGGGCGUGGCUUGUACAGGGACAUUAGUCAUCGGAGCCGGUGCAACUGUCAUUCUGUCAAGAAAAACGAGAGCAGAGACUUGUAAACAAAAGCUAUCAAACAAUGAAAUUGUGAAUAAUGUGUUAAGUGAAAUAAUUCCAAACAAUGAGUGCCAAUAAUGUGAAUAGUGUCCCUACCACUCAACCGACUGCUACAAUUAAAUCUCGCCCGAACAUAAUGCCAAGCAGUUAUAUGUAUACCUCAAGUAGUGCUCUAUUGAAUAGAAAUACGGACCAAAAACCGACACCACCCCCAACAUUGCCCAAAUACACUUCAAGUUUUAAUGCAGGAAGCGGUCUGAACAGAGACCGUGACAAGGAUGGUAUUGGGGGCUCGUAUCGCCUUUCCAGUCUUGAUCGUUUAGCAAUGAGGCAGAAAUUUAUGGAUCAACAAAAUCCAACAUCAGGCUCAACACCAAAUGGUACAGCUAAUGGCACCAAUGGAAGUGAAAUUACUACAACAAAUCCCGCAAUACCGAGUAAAAGGGAAAUGUUUUUCAAUAACUCACCUGUAGAUACCAACAAAGAUUCUAAUCGAAUUACUAGCAAAGUUCCUGCAGUGGAAAAUAAACCUCCAGAACCUCCGGUUAAACCAUCGACUCCAGAAUCAACCAAAGAUGAAAAUAGUAAGGAAUCAACACCAGAAAUAGUGAAAGAAAGGCCAAAACCAAAAGAAUUGGAUGGAUAUGUAGGAUUUGCAAAUUUACCUAAUCAGGUUUAUCGCAAAGCUGUAAAAAAGGGCUUUGAAUUCACAUUAAUGGUAGUAGGAGAGUCAGGAUUGGGAAAAUCAACUCUGAUCAACUCCAUGUUUCUCACAGAUAUAUAUAAUUCCAAUGAUUAUCCCGGACCAACACAAAGGCUCAAAAAAACUGUGGCUGUUGAAACUACAAGAGUGAUGUUGAAAGAAAAUGGGGUCAACUUAUUGUUGACAGUGGUAGAUACGCCUGGAUUUGGUGAUGCUGUGGAUAAUAGUAAUUGCUGGGUUCCUAUAAUAGAAUAUAUUGAAUCAAAGUACGAGGAUUAUUUGAAUUGUGAAGCAAGGGUAACAAGAAAGCAGAGUCCUGAUAUGAGGAUACAUUGCUGUUUAUAUUUCAUACAACCAUCCGGCCACGGACUCAAAUCACUUGACAUUGAGUUCAUGAAACGAUUAUGUGAUAAAGUAAAUAUUAUUCCUAUUAUUGCGAAAGCAGAUACUCUGACUGCAGAAGAAUGUCAAUUGUUCAAAAAACAAAUUUUGAAUGAGAUAGCCCUGCAUAAAAUUAAGAUAUACGAAUUUCCUGAUUCUUGUGAAGACGAAGAUGAGAAAAAGCACAAUAAAUCCUUGAAAGACAGAGUUCCUUUUGCUGUGGUUGGCUCUAAUGCAGUUGUGGAAAUUGAUGGGAAGAAACUGAGAGGGCGACAGUAUCCUUGGGGUGUUGCACAAGUGGAGAACCUCGAACAUUGUGAUUUUAUUGCUUUAAGAAACAUGGUAAUCAGAACACAUUUACAGGACCUGAAGGAUGUUACAAAUAAUGUCCACUAUGAAAACUAUAGAUGUAGGAAAUUAGCUGGUUUAGGAGUUGAUGGUAAAACCACAAGAAUUCUGAACAAAAAUCCACUUGCUCAAAUGGAUGAAGAAAAACGAGAACAUGACUUGAAGAUGAAGAAGAUGGAAGCUGAGAUGGAACAGGUAUUUGAAAUGAAAGUGAGGGAGAAAAAACAGAAACUCAAAGAUAGUGAGAUUGAAUUAACAAGAAGACAUGAAGCCACUAAGAAGCAGCUAGAACAACAAGCAAAAGAGCUAGAAGAGAAACGAAGGCAAUUUGAAAUGGAAAAAGAAGCAUGGGAGAAGGAAAACCAAGUGACAAUUGAUGAACUGAGAAGGAGAUCUUUGGAGGGAAGUAGGGAAACUGUAGAUGGUAAAAAGAAGAAGAAAGGGCUCUUUUAGUAUUCAAUGAAAAUAUGGAUAAAGAAAAUGUUGAGUGAACUCAGAAGGCUUUUUAGUCAUUCCCUGGUAAAAAAAAGUUAUAAAGGAUUAUAGAUCUUGCGGAAUUAGUUAUGAUUCCUCUGAACUGCCAUUUCGUGUUACUAGAGUUUCUAAUUUCUCAAUUUCUAUUCAAUUGCUGAUAAGUGUCGAAGUAAUUUCCCCAGAGGAUUCUAAUGAUUGUGAGUAUAUCUAAAGUAUAGAAAAUAUUUAUGAAGAGGAAAAAAUUAACUGAUGAAUAUAAAUUAUUGAUUUUAAAAUAGUCUGAUGUCCUAUGUUCAUGACAUUUUGCUUGAGAGCAACGUGCCAUUUUUUUUUAUCUAUAUAUCUCGAGUUUUAAUUUUAUAUUAUGUAUGUAAAAAUGUGAAAAUAAAAUUUUAAGUAAU